AUGCAGAACAAAUUCCCGACCAACAGGAAGCAUGUCAAGACCAACAUCAACCAGCUAAGACGUAAGAUCACAAAGAGACUCAGAGAUAUCAACAACCGCAGUGCUGACACACUCGUCGAAGAGAUAAACAACACAGACGACGCCCGGAGAUACUUUGGAGCCUCUAAGAUACUCGCCAAAGGAUAUGUUAGACCAGCUCUAACCGUCCACAACUCUGCUGGGAAUAUCGCAGGUACUAAUGAGGAGAAAGCGAGAAUUAUUAAGGAGUACUUUGAAGCUGAGUUCAACGACGCUGAUGAGCCUACCCUUCCUGCCUUCCUUGACCCCCCAUCUAGCCUUAACAGUCCCAUCACCGUUGCAGAGAUAGAGAGAGCCAUCAGUAAACUCAAGUCUGGUAAAGCAGUGGGUAUUGAUAAAGUUCCUGGCGAGGUCAUGAAAGCCCUGAACAACCCCCUCCUUCAUGAAGAGCUAGCUAAAGUGUUCAACGAGUCUUUCGAGAAAAACAUUCACAUUGAAGCAAUAGGAGCAGGCAUCCUCACACCACUGGCUAAGCCUGCUGCCUACAAAGCUGGCAGGAGCUGUGCCGACCUAGUUUGGGCACAGAGCAUGCUCAUAUCUGUAGUAAUGAAGAAGGAGUUUGAAUGGAACAAAGUGAGUAUCGACAUGUCAGCUGCCUUCAAUACCAUCCGCAGAGGUACAACAAUCAGACUACUAGAAGCUGCAGGAUGCUCCAGAGACGACCUGAGGCUUGUACAAUACCUCAUGGCUAACACCACUCUAGUAGUCAGAGUGUGUUCUACUGACUCAGAGAUGUUCUCUUUCAACAUAGGAGCCUCUCAAGGAGACAGCACAGCUGGUAAAUUGUUUACCCUCAAUCUAGCUGGAGCUGUAGUGCACAUAAGAGCAGUCCUCCCCUCAAAACCCAACCCUCCGAUAGCCGAUAACCACAUGCCUCUUGAGUCCGGCUAUUCAGACGAUGUAGAGGAGAUUGGUGAAAAUAUGGAGGAGUUACAGGAUAUCUUUCAGAUCUCCAAGAAUAUUCUCAGUGAAUGGAGUCUCUUUGUCAAUGACACAAAGACAAAGUUUACCAGAGUGUAUUUAGAAGAAGUUGGUGCCUGUGACGAGUGGGGUAAUGAACUAAGAGGAAAAGAGGAGUGGAGAAACGAGACGCUUCUUGGUACUAAGCUUGGAUCAGAGCAGGAUGUUACUAAUAGAAUAAAUAAAGCUAACUCUGCCUUCUGGUCAUUUGACAAGCUGUGGUGCCAGGGAUCAGAGAGGAGUCAGAUAACUGAGAAGAGAAAGAUCAAACUCUACGACUCACUAGUAGUAUCAGUGCUCCUGUACAACUGCUGCUGCUGGGCCGUACCUCAGCAUGUUCUAGAGUCUGUAGAUGUUGUUCAGAGGAAGCACCUCAAGCGCAUCCUACACAUCUAUUGGCCUAGCUCAAUAUCUAACAAGGCCCUCUACGCUCUCUCUGUUAUUUGCGACACUAGGAUGUCAAACACUAAAGGGACGAGUGGGUAG